AUGAUAUUUUUCUGUACAGGUAUCAAAGGCCUAAAGCCGGAUGUUAUUGUUGGGGAUUCACAUUUCAGUUGCAGCGGAGUUUUAAAUGAUCUUCUAGAUUCUAAGCUCGUUCUUAUCUGCCCGUCUGGAUUAACGCAUGGCAUGUUACCAAUUUUCAAGAACCCCAACCCGUUAUCAUACGCACCUCAGCCGUUCUCAGGCUUACACAAUCAGAUGGACUUCAAGGGUCGAAUGAUAAACGUUGCUGGGUGGCUACUGACUAACUUUGUUGGGCGGGUGUUUAUGUUUCCAGCUGUAGACAAGAUAAAAAAGGAGUACAAUAUCAAGCCAGAAGUAAGCACAGAAGAAGCACUAGGAAAGGCGGAGCUUAUGCUUGUGCAAACGCACUUCGCCUUGGAUUUUCCAAGGCCACUUACUCCAUGUAUGUGGUAUUUAAAAUGAUAUAUCAAUUUCAAUUUAUACUGAUAUUUUUGAUUGAUACAGUGAAACAAGGGGCAAGCAACAAGGUACAGUUAUAGUUUGUAUUCUGCCAUGUCAAGUGUCGCGGGCAGUUUUAUUGGGCGGAUCUCAAGUACAGGUCACAUUCCACCGAUCAAGAAUACAGGUCACUGCUCCAUCGAUUAGUUACCAAACCACACAGAUCCCCCUUAAUGAACAGAGCAUUUUGUUAAGAGAUUAGGGCUAGGAGACACUUAUAAUACCGUUCAUUUAUCUGUAUCAUGGUGACCUGUACUCUUACCUGUGGAAAAGUCAGGCCUUUAUUUUAGACCAGCCGGUUUUAUUGUCACUCGGCGGCACGAAUUAAAGAUUAAAACCUGUUCAGUAGGCUCUUUAUGUGAGAAUCGACCAAUGAAUUGGUAAGAUGAAUAGAAGUGUUCUCAAUUGCAAUGUAUUUCUUUAUUUCGGAUUUAUAUUCUUGCAUCCUUUGUAUUCUUUAUACUCUUUGUGUGCGUUUCUCUGUUUUCUUUGUUCUUGUGUCCCUGACCUAAACAUUUAAACAUCUUUUCUUUUAACUGUCUGCCUGGCAUUUUUAACUCUUAGGUUAUUUCGGGCAGCCAGCGCCCCUAUCAUCGUCUGUACUAUUGUUAUAAAUUUUUAUUUCUUGUAUAUUAUGGGGUGAAAUAAAGUGUUGUUUUUGUUGUAUUCUACAUUUGACUAUCCUUCAGUUUUUGUUUGUUUGUUUGUUUUUUUUGUUUGUUUCAUCUGUCUAACAACAGCGAUAAUAGUGACAGGUCCGAUUCUGCCGAAACCAGCCAAACCUCUACCAAUCGACCUUGAAAAGUUCAUGGCGAGCGCAGGCAAUGAUGGAGUGAUAAUUGUUUCCUUUGGUUCUAUGAUGUCUUCUUUGCCAAUUCCAACCGUAAAAAUGUUGGCUAAGGUACUCGGUGAAAUGAAGCAGAAGGUCUUAUGGAAGUUAAAAGGUAAGUGCCACGUUUACUAAGAGGCUACAAAACAAAAACGGAAAAAGAGGCUGCAAAAAUAUUAUCUGUAAUCUAUCGCCCUAUGAAAGGGAAUCCAAGACAGUCUUGGAUACUGGAUUCCACGCCGCGGAUUCCGGAUUUCAGGUGCUGGACUCUCUCAAUGCAAGUCUUUGUCAGUGGAACUUGUAUUCUGGAGUCUAAUCGUUAGUGGAUUUCGGUUUCUUUUGGCUGUGUUCCGGAUGACAUGGCCUUGGAUUCCGGAUUCCACAAGCAAAAGUUUCCCAGAUUCCGGAUUCCACUGAUCCUGGAUUUUCUAUAAAUUGGAGGGGUCCACUUGUCGGUUGUCUGGUAAAAUUCAUUCACUUUGUUGGCAGUCAGUUAAAAUUUGCGAUCUUUGUCGGUUGUCGGUAAAUCUCAAUUAAUAAUUAAAAAACUAUGUUAAUUAUUGAUAUUUGUUAUAAAAUUUACCCAGUUACAAGACUGAGUGCUAUAUAACAUGUAAAACUUGUAACUUGUAAAAUUGCAUCGUUUGGUUGCACUUAAACUUCAUUAACUCUGGUUUGUUUUUGCGUAAAUACCCCAGCUUACAUUGGGCGAUUACCUAAGGGACUUAAUAGAGGAUUUAGGUACUAGGUCUACUAAAUCCGCUGCAAAAACAGGGAUCAGCUAGGAAUGGAAAGUGCUCGCAGCUUUUUGGUGGUUUACACUACUUUCACGGUCAUGAUUUCCUUAUCCGCAUGCAUCUAAUUACGCACGGCACUAAUCGGUAAGCCAGCAAGCCAGCAGUUUUCCUGACUUAUUUUGCACAUCAUGAGUCAACCCGAGGUUCAUGAAGCCCAGUUGGAAAGCUGGAGCUAUAACUAGCCUGCAAAUCAAGACGAGAAGGCGAGAAACCUCUCAGAACUUCCUCCGUGUGUAGUCGCCAUUUUGGAUUUUGAAAGAAGUGCUGGGAGAUUGGAGAAAGUAGAUAAUGCGAUGUCUCGCCUCUGUUCCCGCCUUUUCUCUUCCCCUUGUGACUUGUAGUCCCCAGCCUCUAGAAAACUCCUGUAGGGCAGGAUAAGAACAUGUCGUUACUACCUAACGUCCUUUUGUAUUUUUAACUAUCGAAAUAGGAAAUUUGUUGAGCUCUAAGCCAUCAAACAUCAAGACAGUUGACUGGAUGCCACAGAAUGAUGUACUUGGUCACCCCAAAACAAAGCUGUUUCUUUCUCACGUGGGACACAACAGUAUGUACGAGGCUGCCUACCACGGUGUCCCCAUUGUUGGCUUUCCUAUGUGGAGCGAUCAGCCGGAAAACGCGCAGCAGGUCGUGCGAGCGGGAAUGGGACUCUGGUUAGACAUCAACAGUGUCAAAGAGGACGAACUGCGCAUGAACAUUUCCAGAGUUAUGACUGAAGCAAGGUAAACACAUAACGGCCUACAUUACCCCCCUCCCCGUCACCACCACCACCACCACCACCAACCCCCUUCCAAAACCUUUUCAGUUCUUUCUCGAAUAUCAAUGGAAGCUAUUUUGGUGGUCUUAAGGUUGCUGUUAGAAGGGGCUCUCAAUCUUUCUGUUGUGUUAAAAGGUAAUUUUUGAGUUCUUUACUUAGCUUUACUUUAUGAUCAUUGAAUCGAAAAACUUAGUUAUUGGUGUUAUACUCCUUGUUUGUUUCUGAGCCGACCAUCGUAAGCAUUUGUUAUUCCAAAUGGACGUUAUAGUUAUUGUUAUUAUUAUUAUGAGGUAAGUUGAAGGCGUAAAAUAUAGACAGUAAAGAAAACUUUCACUUUAAUUGCAAACUUCAUGGUCAAACAUUGCCUUUGAUUACUCUCCACAGUUUCAAAAGCAACGCAACACGUGUCUCCCGCCUACUCAGAGACCAUCGCCGCACGCCUCUGGAACUAACAGCUGACUGGAUUGAGUUUGUGUUAAGGCAUAACGGUGCACCACAUCUUCGGAUCCAAGCCUUUAACAUGCCCUGGUACGAAGAGAAUUCUAUGGAUGUCGGAAUGUUUCUAUUAACUAUGAUUGCUUCUGUGUUGGCAUGUAUCAUAUUGUGCUGUCGAUGUGCUUGUAAAUGUUGUAGAAGAAACCAACCAAAGCCGAAGGUCGACUGA